GCAGUUGAUUCAUGGUUUAUUGCACGCUGAGAUGGACUGACUGCAUCAAUCGGGUGGAUGGAUCAGGAUGGAUGUUUGCUGGUGGAUGUCGUCGGUAUGCCAUAAGGAUCACGAGCAAAUGUGUGAAUGAAUUGACAACAGCCAGGCAGACAUACCGUCCACACAAUCCGCACAUGCAACCACCACUCAGCCAGCCAGCCGGACAAACAGAAGAUACCGUAUGUAUCACCGAGUCCAUGCAUGGCCCAGGGGGACCAAUAUUCGGGGGACCACAGAGAGAUGAUGUCAUGUGUGUAUGUGUGCACACGUACGUAUACGCAACAAAUGACCACGCGACGCUCUCGCCGUCGACCAACUGACUUGAAAGACAACCGAACCGAACCGACCACCGUCGCCACCCAUCCCUUGCUGGCUCCUCGGCACUCACACCACACAGACACCUCCACACAGGUGGUAUGCGGCAGGCAGGCAGGCAGGCAGGCAGGCAGGCAGGAAUCACACACACCAUUCACGAGAAGCCAGCGCAGCUGUACACGGGCUGGUAUGCAGGCAUCCGUGAAGCGGCCAGCAAGAUAGGAUGCCAUACCGCUCACCCCCUGCACUGACUGCAGGCAGGUGUGUAUACCUAUCUGUGUGUGCGUCGGUGGAUGGGAUGGGGGCUAUAACAGGUGAACCAAUCGGUCAGCAGAGAGAGGGGGGGACGAAGGCAUAGGAAGAGAAAAGCUCGUAGACACGUCUGUCCGUCUGCGUGUGGACGAAAUGCGAUGCGAUGAGUGGAUUGCCUGACCCGUGCCCCCCGAUGGGCAUGGAUGGCAUCACCAAGUCAGCACGGCACGGCACGCAGCAAGGACUCAGCAAAGCGAGAGGGGGAGAAAAAACACAAACACACAUCGACAUGUGGAGCAAAGAGGGAGGCACCGUCAUCAGUCAGCCAGCCAGCCAGUAAGUCAAACAAGUCAAGAGAUGAAUGAGAUGUGAGCAAUCCGGUGGUGUGUGUGUGUAUGACGUGUGGGAUGAAUGUCCACUGCGAUGAUUGCAAUGCGAUGUAUAUGACGGUCAACAGGCAGGCAGGCCUUAAGAAGACCGGCCGAGUGGCACAUGCACACAUCUGUCGUAUCCGACCGUCGGCAGAGGCUCGCACUCCCACGCUGCGCCCGCGUCAGAGUGCGAACCUUCCCAACGACCAGGCUACAACACGAUGCGGCACGGCACAUGCUAUCGAAACGUGACGAACAUCGCGGAAAGACACACACCCGAAAAUAGAAGACGACGAACGAUGCUGCGCUCAUGGUUGCAGCUGGCUGCAGAGGUCACUUUGAGGUCAGUCAGUGAUGUCCUUCCUCGUACGACGAAGAGGAGGAACAUGUCAUUGUUGGCUGUGGCGCCAACACCGACACAUGCCUCCUACGCGCCGGACGCCGCAGGACACCAAUGAAUGACGCCAGCCCAGCCAGCAGGCAUUCUCACUUUCCCAUGAUGCACACACCUUUCUGUUGAGAGAGGAGAUGGAUGAGUGGUGCGCAACGUGGCCAUGAAAACCUUACUGAAGUACAUAACAAAAAAAGGCACACACAGGCAGGCAGGCAGGCAGACAGGCUUGUAUGAUCGUGGAGACAGAUGCGUGUGAAUGCCGAUGAUGCCUCCGACCAGCCAGACAGCCAUCCCUCUUCUCCCCCUCCCCCUACCCCCCUCUCCCCCUCUCCCUCUCUCGCUCAGCAGCCUCUCGGCAGCAGCAGCGGUAGCAGCAGCAUAUACAGACCACCAUCCCUCCUCCCUCGCCCAACCGACCCCCAGACUAUACAGCCCCCCUCCCUCCCUGCCCUCACCGCUCUCUCCCACCCCGUGCAUGGCUGCAGCGUUGGUCUGUCUGGCUAGCGCCGGGGCAGACAAUGAGUCUCCUGUCUGUGCACGGAUCCCCUCGCUGCCCUCUCCUCUCUUCUCCCUCUCUCUGUGUCUAUAUAGGUGGGCUGGGUGCCCUCACAAAUACGGUUUGUACUCACACACACCAGUACGUGGCCCACGCAACACACACGCAGAGGCAGACAGCAGACACACACGUACGCAGCAUCUCUGUAAUUGCAGCCAGCUGAUUGGGGUUGGGUGUCAAGGACGGCAGUCAGCCAGUCAGUCAGUCGGCUUGGCAGCGGUAUGCCAUCCAGGCACCGGUUAGAUAUACACACACACAUCGUUCGUAUACAUAGACAUGGACAAUGGACAUGCACCCAACCGUGUCACCUCCCCCGUGUGUGAGAGAGAGGUGAUCAUGAUGGCUCUCUGUUUCCUCUGAGAAUAGCGAAAAAUCGCGCGCCUGACGGAUUGAUGACCUCUCUGUCUGUGUCGUGUCGUUCAGUCCACUCUCUCUCUCUCUCCCACCCAUGAGACACCAAACAGGGAGGGAGGGAUGGCAGGUGGACGAGCUGGGCUGUCGACUAAAAUCGAAUCGAGAAAUGACAGUCAGCCGCCCUCCCAACCGCCCGCCCGCCCGCCGUGACUGACAAACACACAUACAUACCUACUUACAAACACACGAAACAAAAAAACACACAUGAUGGAUACAUCAGCGCCCAUGCAUAGAUAGACACACAGCCUUCACACACGUACACACACACAGACACUUGCUUGAGUAAAUUCCGCUUGUGAGCAAACAAGGGAGCAAGAGACCACCGACGGUAUGAUGAUGGUAUUGCGUGCGAUCCAUUCACUCUGUGGCUGGCUCACUGCAUUGAGGCAGACAGACACACAGACAGAGAGGAGGGAAAGAAGGCAAGAAGGUAUGGCAGCUAGUCAGUUCACUAACUAUGUACAAUCACCACCACACGCACCCUCACCCCACCCACCCGCCCCGCACACAAAAAGCAAAACCGUCCAUCCAUCCAUGCCCUCACGCAUCAGCCACCACCCCUCCCUCCCUCCCUCCGUCACCCAAUCCCCCCCUCCCCCGUCCGGCCUGUCAAAGCAGCCACCCGCCCCCCACCCAGCCAUUCAGGCAUCCCGCCCAAAAAGGAGUCACGUCAGUCAGUCCGCUCUGCCCUCUCCCUAUGGAAUGCAUGACUGCAGUGUAAUGACUGAAUGGGAUGUGGUGGCUGGACGGAGAGAAAAGGGCGUUUGCACUGCACGUGCGUGUGGGUGUGUGGGUACAUGCAAUGGAUGCCAUGCAGUGAAUGGAUGGCCGGGGUGGGUGGUGUACGGUAGGUAUCCAGAGACACCGUGUGCAUAUGGAUGAGCGGAUGAUGCGAUGCUGCAACCACCGGGCGAAGCUAAGGCAGGAUUAAAACCAGCCCCACCCCCUUCCCUCCUCCUUCAUGGCGCAUCCGCACGCCCGCGCGGCGAGGGCGAGAUGGCUGACGGGCUGCUGGAGGUGCUGGGCGCCUGGCUCCUGUGUGCAGCCGACUGCUCGGCGUCCAUCUGGCGCUUCAUCGACUCGCGCAGCUGCUCGAUGCACUGAAACACCGCCGUCUGCACGCCCUGCAGGCGGGUCUGCUCCUCGGUCAGGUCCUCCAGGAACACAAACAGGUCGUUGAGCGACAUAGAGCCCACACGACACACCGAAAACCUGAUGGAUAAAUGGAUAAAUUGAUGGAUUGAUGGAUGGAUGGAUGGAUGGACACACGACACACACGUGUGUGUGGGGGUGGGGAAUGGUCGCUCACCUGUGUGUGAGCUUGUUGAUCUGUUCCUCCAGUGUUUUGACGCGCUCGGUUUUGGCGGCCAGGUCCUGGUUGAGGGCCGAGAUGGCGCCUUCCUCCUGUUGUGUGUGGGCGUGAGCUUGUGAGGGGAGCGAGAAGUGUCCGAGAGAGAGGUGGUCGAUGUGCGUGUCGGGGUCACAGCAGCCGCGGUCGUGUGAUGCGGUGUCGGUAGUGCUGCUGCUCGGGGUGCCCUUGUCGUCAUCCUCGCCCUUGACCUGACGGCUGCAGUGUGGUGGAUGGAAGAAACAAAGGAACACCGAUAUGGCUGGCUGCGUCGGUUGGCUGUGAUGGACACACGUACCUCCACUUGUGUGUAGAGUGUUGCUGUGUGAUCUGUUUGCUGCUGCCGUCCUUGGUGAGCUCGUCGACAGUCCUCUGCAGCUGCUUGAUGGUCCAGUCCUUGGAAGCACACUCGGAGGUCAGCUGCGCCACCCUCAACUCAUACUCACCCAACCUGCUUACACAGAUGCCAUCACACACACACACACAUGGACGUGUGGUGAACAGCCAGGCGGCUGUGAGUGUGGUUGCUCACUUGUUUUGUGCAGCCAUGUCGUUGGAUGUGGAGCCGUCGCAGCGGCCAGGCGACACCGCCUCAGCCAGCAAUGCGUCGCCGCUCUGAUUGAUGGCACACGGUGGAUUGCCGUACGGCCACCAUGCUGCUGUCUGUGUCCGUGUGGUGUGUGUGCCGACUUACGUCAGUGCCAUGUGGUCUGUUGCCUGAGUCCAUGAUGCCAUGCAGCCGCUGAUCCAGAUAGCCCACAGCCUAAACAACACACACACAUAGACACCAUCCAGUGCUACGGCUCUCUCUGUUCUUUCUCUCUCCGCCUGCCUCGCACUCCACUGACCUCUUCCAGGACGGCGCCGCUGGUUGGCGACAUGAAGCUCCGCCCCGACACCCCCCCAUCCCCACUGCCACUGUCGGUGCUUUGGUGGUACGGCGUGCCGCACUCGAGUCGGUUGGUGGGACUCAUGUGGUCGGCCAGGUUGAGUCGAAUGGGGUUGCCCACACUGCCCGGGGCCGGGCUGUGGCGGCUCGCCAGGCUCUCGCUCGACACGCAGCCGCGCGGGUCCAUCACGGGAGGGCGGUGGAUGCCUGUGCCGCCGCCCCACCCCUCAUCACUCGGACUUGACUCGGGUGGCACGGGGAAGCCGACACUGCCCGACGAGUAGAGGCUGUAGAAGGUGUCGCACCCACUGCCGCUGGGAGGGCUGGCCUUGGGCGACGGCGUGACCAUCCCCACACUGCGAUCGGUCGGGCUGGGGGCCGCCCAGAUGGCGGCCGUCUGCUGGUUGGCGGACGGCAGCUGCAGGCUCGACGGGGAGGGGGCCCCCUGCCCACCCCAGAUGUCGGCCUGCGGCGUGGUGGCUGUGGGGGUGGGUGUGAAGCCGGGAGGGGGGAAGACCGGACCCACCGUGCUUGCCGGGCUGCCUGCGGGGCUGCUGCUGUCGUGCUGCGAUUGAGAGCUGCCCGUCGUCUUGUGCGAGGGGCUCAUGAGCGGCUUCUUGCCGGCCGCCUGAUCCCCCCUCACACCGCGGGACGACCGCUUCUCGCUGCCGCUGGGUGCGGGUGUGUCGUCAGGUCCGAGUGCUGGGUGGUGUGUGUAGGUGGUGACGGCGUGGUUGAACGUGAAGACCUCCUUGCCCUUCUCCAGGUUCAUGACGUACCAGUUCUUGGCCUCCUUGGCAGGGUCCAGCUGCGGCGGGCUGGGGAGGUUGAGGCAGGGCGUCUCGGGGUUGCCCACCGUGUACGCGAUGGCGCGCGUCGCCCGGAUGACCAUCCAUAGGGGCACGUGCCCGAUGGGGAUCCAAACACGAGACACGAACUGGCCCGAAGCCGCCGCCCAGCAGAUCUUGAAUCGCACGCGCAUCUUGCCGUCCAUGGUGGUCUCGGACGGCCCGCCCUUGUCGUGCUCCUUCCGGUAGCUGGCGCACAGCAGCCGGGAGCCUCUGCUCUCGUUGCGGUUGAUCAGGAUGGUGUUCAUGAGCAGCGGGGCGUAGCUGGGUGACGCCAGGCCGUCGGUCGAGAGACGCCCCCAGAGUGCCACGAUGCCGCAGAGGAAGCACCGUCUCACGAGGAUGAGAUGCAGGCCCAGCCGGAUGUCGCGCGAGAGCUGGCGGUACCACUCGCCCACGUCGUGUCGAAGGCGUCUCAGGCCGUGGUAGGGGAAGUUGCGCAGCCGGGCGCAGUCGUCGCACGUCUCGAGAGCGAGCGGGCCGCUCUCGUAGAAGUCGACCACAUCGUCCAGGGGGAUCAUCACUGCCGCCUGGGACGCGUCAACCUGCACACACCAAGCGACACGCACAGGCGUGGUAUUGAUAUCCACACGCGCGUGUAUGGCUUGCGCAUGGCAUGAGCAUCAUCAGACGCACCUUGAACUCUCUGUCGAUAAUGGCGGCCGCCUCGCCCGCCAGCGCCUCCACGUUGAGGUGAGAGUAGCGCACCGCCAUGGCGCCAAGCACCACCACCUUGACGACAUAGGGCAGCCUGCCGCUGACCUCGUCGACAUGGCCGCGCAGCACCUCCACGGCCCUGUGCUCGAAGCUGCGGGGGUCGAGUGUGUAUGGGAGGUUGUUGAGGUCGCUCCAGACCCUCUCGAUCUGCUCCAGGGUGAAGCUGUCCAGCGGGACAUAGGGCAGGGGAGGAGGCACGUACACACCCGAACCCUCCACGGGGAAGGCCAUCAUGCCGCCGGUGGCAGCCGGGGGCUGCAUGAGGAAGGGCUUGUGGUGGGUGUGGCCGGGGGGUGGCUGCUGGUGCUGCUGCUGAUGGUGGUGGUGGUGGUGGUGGGGCGUCAUGUUGCCACCCUGUUGCUGCUGGUACAUGGGCAUGGGCGUGUCCAUGGCCAUGGGCGAGGCGGUGUACGGCGGCGCUGGCUGUCCAGGGUCGAUGGUGGGCGGUGUGGAUUGUUUGAGGAGCUUCUGGAAGAGGGCCGCCUGGUCGCUGAGCAUUGAGGGGGAGAGGGGGGAGGGGUGGGGGGGACCGGGGGCAAGGGGGGACUUGCCUGACAUCACAUCAAAGCACACAUGAAUACAAGCAAGAGGUGCUGUGCAUACGUGUUGGUCUGUGUGUGUGUUCCUUCCGCACCUGAUGCAUCAGUGUAAUGCUGGGGAGCCCACGCCAUGAUGGCUGGUGGAACCAACGAUGGAUGCGAUGCGACCGACCUGCACACACACACACACACACACAUACAGAGAGAGAGAGAGAGCAUGAGAAUCGUGUGCGAGAGCCGUCUGUGUUUCCCUCCCCUCCUCCACUCACCAGAUAUGUGAUCAGUCGAUUGUCGAGUGAUGUGUGUGUGUCGCGCGUGUGGCCGGACAAGAGAGAACAACACAAAUACAACGCAACAAGUCAGUACAGCUCACUCAGUCAGUCAGUCAAGUCGGAUGGAUAGUAAGUCUGUCUGUACAGAUGUUCCCCCUCUCAGUGAGUGAGUGAGUGAGUGAGUGAGUGUCCCCGACCGACACUGUCGAAAGGGAUGUGUGUGUGUGUAUGUGUAUGACCUCUGAAUUGAUUGACACCAGCCACACCAGCCAAGGCCACACAAAACGCCCAAGGAGUGAGUGAGUGACGGGAUGUGAUCUGUCUGGCAGGCAGGCAGGCAGGCAGGCAGGCAGCACACGAGAGGGGAGAGAGACAAGUAGCUGGUGUACAAGCAAGGCAGUCAGACCGUCAGUCACACGACAAGCGGACCUUUACACCAUGCAGUCAGUCAGCCAGCCAACCAGGCAGGUAAGCAAAGAAUUAACCGAGUGAGUGAGUAAGUGAAGAGACGAGCAACGGAUGGAUGGAUAGAUGGCAGGUCGGUCUGAGGGGAAGGAUGCUGCUCAAGCAAAGAACAUGCGUUUGCGUUGUCGUCGGUCUAUACAGUGACAGACAGCGCCUCCCUUUCGCCCGCCCUUCUCAAAUGCACAUCAAUGUACCGCCACACCACCGCCGCCACAGCACUCCCGUCCGCCCUCACUCCCAAUAUGCCCACCAAAACCUCCUUCCUCGCACCACCAGCACCUAUACACCGGAGCGCAGCGCCGAGACUUCACUCACUCACUCCUGGAGCACUCCCGUCCACCUCCUUGACCACUUGCCGUUGUGUUGGCUGAGACAGCUGCGAGUGCAGCACACACACACCGGCUGGGCGGCCGCUGCGCUGGCCUGCUGGCUGCCGAUGGAUCAGUCGACGCAGAUCUAUGCGUGGGACGUCUUCAUGACGACGGAGCAAGCAGAGGCUGAACGUCGGGGGAGAAGAAAGACUCCGAAACGCGGAGAAAGAAAAUUCC